GCUUAUGACAGUCCUACCGGGAGCCACGAGUUCGUCCUCUGACUCUGGUCGAACAUGUAUUGAGUUGCCUAGACUAUCUGUUGCACUACGGCGACUGGGUCAACUGAGCGAUCCAAACAGCCUGUCUACAACGUCUGCCUGUUGCAGUUUGGAAGAAAAACGAACAUACCUAGCUGGUGGUUCUCGUACUGGUGGCAGAUCCCUAAAUUUGUCUGGCCUGUGGGGCCAAAUCUCUCAUCUCUUACCUACAACACUUCCGAGUGUUAAGGUGCAUCUUCAUGAAUUGUUUCGACGAUACGCUGAUGAUUGUUUCAGUUUGGCUGGGAAGGAUAGUACGGAUUCCGGUGAACUUAGUGUGUUCACUGCCCUUCUGUGUUUUGGGAAGCUUGGACCAAAAUUGUUGGAGUUACACGAUCGUGGUGUAUCAGUGGAUGAUUUCGCUCGUCAUCACACUAUUCAAAAAGAAAAAGAUUCGAUCCUUAAUCAGUUAGGUGGAAGCGGGGCCACAAACGUACGUGAUACUUGGACUUCUCUGGUGGUUUCUCUGGGGCGCAUCGUUACACAUCCAAGCCUAACAUCCUCGACCGAAGCUUUUCUUGAGCUUAUGCGCCAAUGUCGCGUAUCCGUGGAAUCAGAUUCUCCUGAUUUUACAUUACCAAUGAGCCAGUCGGAAGUAAAGCAGCUUAGUCAGCGUGCAAGACGAAUUUCUCAUCUUGGCUUUCAACUAGAUUGGGAUAAUCGUGAAGCUAUGAAUGAGUCACUGAGAGAUUCCUCUACCAAACUAAUGCGUGCGUUAUUUCCUACACACUCGCAUGUAGCUAAAGUUUCUAAUUCUUUUGGGCCUGGCACGGACCCCUGCAGCUUUGACUCCGACUCUCCUGUCACCGAAACUUUCAGAGACGCCAUAUCGCGAUCAAUUUGUAAAGCUUCUGCUCCAGAACGCAAACUCCCGAGUGAUACCAACGUUGUCGAUCUAUCGGUUUUAGUCGAUGAGCUCUCAUCAAAAGCUACUAGUCUAGGCAUACCGGUUGACAAACUGCUUGACAUGGUCUUCGAAUCACUCGGCUCCUCGGUGCCUGACGAAGUCGUUCAAGAUCAAUUAGGGGAACUGAUUGGAUGGGACUGUGUGGAACUAAUUUCCGAGCUUCUGCGAAAUCGGAGUGCUUGGACGUCUGCCUAUGAAAAGAGAAACGAUCCUGAUAACUUCGUUGAAUCGGCUCCUAAGAAAGCAACAUCCGUUGACACAUCUACAAAGAACCAGCUAGUCGAAUCCCUGCUCAAGAGCCCCGCUAGCGUAGCUUGCGCUCGCAAUGCGCAGUUGAAAGCAAAUGAACUAGCCACCUUCGCUCGCCUUCAAGCCGCGAUGCAAAACGGCCCUUCGGCUUCAACCAAAGCAGCAGAUUUCAGACGCUCCCUUCCAUUUGUGUUCGAUCUGGCCGCGGAGUUACGGGACACAUCGGCAUUUUUCGAUAGCACUAAGCUUCGCCUCCCCAUAGGAACCGAUUAUAAGCAACUCCCCUCGUGGGAUCACGUCCAGUUCCCUACCCCAUCGAAACCUCCGACAGAUGUCCUAGCUUGUCCGCGUGUCAAAAUUUCAUCCUUGGAUCCGAUCGGCCAACAAGUCUUUGAAGGCAUGCACGAACUGAACCUCAUCCAAUCAGUGAUCUAUCCAGUCGCAUACCACACGUCCGAGAACCUCCUGGUGUGCGCACCUACCGGGGCCGGAAAGACGAAUGUGGCCCUCCUCACCGUCGUUCAAUUGCUGCGCGCUCACAUGACUGCAGACUCAGUAUUAGAUCUGAAAGCUUUCAAAAUUGUCUAUCUGGCCCCAAUGAAGGCCCUGGCUGCUGAGCUAGCUGCCACGUUCUCAAAACGCCUUGCCCCUCUCGGAGUAAAGGUUCGCGAAUGCACCAUGGAUACCCAUUUGACUAAGCAAGAAAUUCUGCAAACACAAAUGCUUAUCAGCACCCCGGAGAAAUGGGAUGUCAUCUCACGCAAGGGUUCUGGAGACGCCACUCUAGUCAAAUUAGUCAAACUUUUCAUCCUGGAUGAAAUUCACUUACUCCACGAGGAUCGCGGAGCUGUUCUUGAAGUGCUGGUGGCCCGCACUUUGCGUCAGGUUGAGACGUCCCAAACGAUGAUUCGGCUCGUCGGUCUGUCUGCAACAUUGCCUAAUUACGAGGAUGUGGCCCACUUUCUUCACGUCAACCCCUAUCGAGGUCUAUUCUACUUUGACGAACGAUUUCGACCCGUACCUUUGAGCUUGUCUUUCAUCGGGGUACGGGGUAUGAAUCGUAGGGCUCAGGAGCUCAACAUGAACACCGCCUGUUAUGAAUUGGUGAUGGAUCAGGUGAAGCGUGGCGAACAGGUUAUGGUGUUCGUGCAUGCACGCGGCGACACGUUCAAAACAUGUCGAUGGCUCCGUGAUACAGCUCGGCAGCAGCAACAGAUGGGCCACUUUGAGGUGUCAAAAAGCAUCGAUCGUGGUUCCUUUAUCAAGCGAAUCGAGCGAUCGAGCGAUACCGCCCUCCGCGAAUUGCUUCCGGACGGAUUCGCAUGUCACCAUGCCGGCAUGCUGCGAUGUGAUCGUUCAUUGGUCGAGCGCCUCUUUUCCGAAGGCCAUAUCCGGGUGUUAGUAUGCACCGCUACCCUUGCUUGGGGUGUCAAUUUGCCCGCACACGCUGUCGUCAUCAAGGGAACUCGUGUGUACAAAGCGGAUAAGUCGGACUUCGCUGAUUUAGACAUUUUGGAUGUUCUACAAAUUGCACUGGGCACUGUUAGCAGUAUUGACGAUGCUGUGACUUGGCUGAAGGACACUUAUCUUUUCGUAAGGAUGACGCGCAACCCAUUGCAUUACGGAAUUCCGGCCGCAGUGAUGGAGACGGAUCCUUCCUUCGGUGACUUUCUCGGGCGCGCUGUCCGGGCGAGUGCAAUGGCUUUGGAUGCAGCCGAAAUGAUUCGCUAUGAGCCGAAAACCGGACAACUAGCGGCCACUGAUCGUGGGCGCACAGCCAGUCUGUUUUACAUUCGCUAUUCCACAGCAUCCAUGGUUAGAGACUCGCUCGAAUCCACCAUGUUGCUUCCUCAACUGUUUUCCAUUUUGAGUGAGGCCUCCGAGUUCUCCUCCAUGAAGGUGCGUGACGAAGAAGGUGCGGAGUUAAACAACUUGAAGAGUACGCUUUGUCGCUUGCCCAUUCAAAAGGCGGGAAAUGUGGACACUGAUGUUCCUGCCAAGGUGAACGCCCUACUUCAAGGUUAUCUCAGUCGUCAUGUUCCAGCCGCUCACUCGCUUGUUUCCGAUAUGUAUUAUGUUCAACAAAACGCCGUGCGCCUGAUUCGCUACCUGUUCGAAAUAUCGUUGCGACAAGGUUGGAGCCAGACUGCCUCUACAUCUCUUCAACUCGCCCGGAUGAUGGAACAGCGGUUAUGGCAUGAACAAACACCUUUGUGGCAAUUCGUCGGCGAUUCAUCAAGUCGUCUUCUACAGCGGGUGGAUGAAUUGGGGCUCUCGAUUGAUCGAAUACGUGAUACGCGCGUAGACGAACUGACACAUCUGCUUCAUUAUCGAGGCCGCGAUGGCGCCAAAGAAGUGUCUCAGCUUGCCUUACUUCUUCCUCGAAUUCAGCUGGACACAGUGACUCAGCCGAUCACCCGAACCAUACUGCGUGCACAAAUUUCGCUUGUGCCAGAUUUCACUUGGGUCGAUCGAUGGCAUGGCGCACAGCAAAAUUUCUGGCUCUGGAUUGAGGACCCUGAUCAGGGAUUGAUCUACCAUUCGGAAUACUGGACUUUGACCAAGCGUAUGUUCAACUCCAAGGAACCCAUUCAAGUCUCCUGCACAAUCCCGCUGUUUGAACCGUUUCCAACCCAAUACGUCGUUCGCGUCCUCAGCGACCAAUGGCUUGGUGCCGACUCUCUUUGCGCAUUGUCUUUCAGCCGCUUACUUCUGCCUUCCCAAGCUUCACCACACACUGAUCUUCUGAACUUGGAACCCCUACCUGUCACGGCUCUGGGGAAUAGCCAAUACGAGAUGUUGUACAAUUUCACACAUUUUAACCCCAUCCAGACGCAGAUCUUCCACACGCUGUACCAUCAGGAUGUUAAUGUUCUACUUGGUGCUCCUACGGGCUCCGGGAAGACUGUGGCUGCCGAAUUGGCCAUAUUUCGCGUGUUCAACGAGACUCCCAAAAGCAAGUGCGUGUACAUCGCCCCCUUGAAAGCGCUCGUGCGUGAGCGCGUUGAGGAUUGGACUGUUCGAAUCGGAGAAAAACUGGGCAAGCGGGUAGUUGAAUUAACCGGUGAUGUCACUCCUGACAUCGGUCACCUGAUGCGUGCCGACCUCAUCGUAACCACACCUGAGAAAUGGGACGGUAUCUCGCGGUCUUGGCAACAACGUGUUUACGUUCGGCACAUUGGCCUAAUAAUCAUCGAUGAGAUACAUUUGCUGGGGGAAGAACGCGGUCCUGUUUUGGAAAUUAUCGUCUCCCGCGCCAAUUACAUAGCGAAUGUGUUGGGUCAGUCGGUUCGCUUGGUCGGCCUGUCCACUGCCUUGUCCAAUGCAGACGACCUUUCCGCAUGGCUUCGUGUUCCCUCGAAUAUGGCAUCUAUUGCCGAAGUGGCUACGUCAGCCGGCUCGGACAUGGGACGGACUGGUCUUGGACUCUUUAACUUCCGUCCAUCAGUGCGUCCCGUCCCGUUGGAAGUUCACAUUCAGGGAUAUGCGGGCAGACACUAUUGCCCUCGGAUGGCCACGAUGAACAAGCCUGCCUAUUUAGCCAUCUGUAGCCACUCACCGGACAAACCAGUGUUGAUCUUCGUCUCGAGUCGACGUCAAACGCGACUUACGGCGUUGGACUUGGUCAGCUUUGUCGCAGCCUCUGGGGACGCGAAACGUUGGCUUCACAUGGAGCCUGAAGAGAUAGAUGCUGUAUCAGCUAACGUGCAAGAUCCUAACUUGAAAUUGACGCUGUCAUUCGGUAUCGGAUUGCACCACGCCGGGUUGCAGGCUGGUGAUCGCUCUCUUGUCGAGGAAUUGUUCGUCAACCAAAAAAUCCAGGUGCUCAUUGCCACCUCAACCUUGGCUUGGGGUGUCAACUUUCCAGCUCACCUAGUUAUUGUGAAGGGAACCGAGUAUUACGACGGGCGUACGAAACGAUAUGUGGAUUAUCCAAUAACCGACGUGUUACAAAUGAUGGGUCGAGCCGGCAGGCCGCAGUUCGAUAACCAGGGUACAGCCGUUAUCAUGGUACAAGAUUGCAAAAAGGCGUUUUACAAGCGUUUUCUUUACGAACCCUUCCCCGUGGAAAGUUGUCUACUCCAAGUGUUACCCGAUCACUUGAACGCGGAGAUUGUCGCCGGAACUAUUUCCACCACACAAGGAGCACUGGAUUACCUGACUUGGACCUUCUUCUUCCGUCGUUUACUUGCUAAUCCAAGUUACUACGGUUUGGAAGAUUGUGAACCCGCUUCAGUGAGUGCCUUCCUGUCAGGAGUGAUUCUGGACGCCUGCAACCAACUUAUUCAAUCAUCUUGCGUGGAAGUUACCUCAGACCCUCCGGAUGCCUUGUUCAGCACCAAACUGGGCCGUCUUGCGUCAUAUUAUUAUUUAUCACACAAGACAAUUCAGUUGUUUGUUGCUGAACUAGGCCCCAUUCUAUCCGUCCCCGAUUUAUUGAAGAUACUAGCGAAUGCUCACGAAUACUCUCAACUUCCGGUUAGACACAAUGAGGACCAAAUGAAUGAACAAUUGGCUGGCCUACUUCCACUACCGACGAUCGGAGCGUACGAGUGUUCGCACACUAAAACUCACUUGCUUCUACAGGCGCACUUCUCUCGGUUGGCCGAGCUUCCCGUGGCCGACUACGUGACCGAUACACGAUCUGUUUUGGAUCAGGCCACACGUAUUUUGCAAGCGAUGUUGGACGCGUGCACACUGUGUGGCUGGCUCACUAGUGCAUUGAACACAAUUCUCCUCAUGCAAAUGAUUGUCCAAGGUGUUUGGGUACACGACACAGGUAGCAGUCUUUUGCAACUGCCUGGCAUUCGACCUUCUCACUUGGACGCUUUCAGGCGUUCCGAUGGGUCCUACAUCACUUGUUUGCCCGAGUUGAUCGAUCUCACAUCUUCCUCUCCGGCUCAACUAUACACCAUGCUUGGGGAUCGCAUUCGUCCGAAAGCACUUUCAGAAGUGAAGCAAGCGCUCGGCAGAUUUCCCUUGAUCGAGAUACAUAUUGAAUUAGUCGGUCCUAAUCCGGAUGAUUGUAACAAUGACCAAACAGUCCGCUCCGUCAGAUUGAACGGUGUGGGUCAUUGCGAGAAGGCGCUGUCGGUACAUGCAGCGACGGAUUAUGUAUUGCGAGUCCGGCUGACGCGUACCAAUCCCAUCCAUCGGAAAAGUGAUCAGAUCGCAACCUCGGCAGCUCUGGUCAAAGUCCGGACUCAAGAAAGCUGGGUUCUCGUCUUGGGCAACACAGAAGCAAAUCUGUCCUACGGAGGCGAGCUCAUGGCUCUCAAGCGUGUAUCUCCCACGUCGGAGGUCAGACGGAAUUUGGGCGGACACUCGGGGUCCGGCGACCGCCGCUACGUUAGCUUGGCCUUUCGAAUGCCUGAUCCGCCUGUUGUGCCAUACUCCGGUGCGCGGCCAAGUCAGAGGCACAUGUUGACUCUGUACCUAUUGUCAGAUACCUACAUUGGCCUAGAUCAACAGAUUUCUUUUCAGCUCAAUGUGAUUUCGGCUUCGGCUCGAAAUGACAAUGAUUUGCCUGACCUUUGA